AUGGACGCUACAUGCAUUUUGUGUCACAAGAGACGGUCCUCUAGACGGAAGACACAGGACACUGUCGACCGCUACAUAUGCUCCAGGGCGAAUUGCGGGUGGAUCAAGAACUUGAUCAACCCAGUAACCCAUAACAGCCCAUGUCCCGUCAAGGUCGAGAUUCACUGCUACCCACAAAGUCCCAGUACAAGUCCGACCUCUGGCGAACCAACGAAGGAAACUACACUACGCCCCCAGCAUUCGAUUGCGGAGCUCCACGGCCAGGAAAGAAGAUACCAGCCAUUCAGACAUCAGCCGCAAGUGAACUUCUCGACAAAACCAACAAGGACCGAUCUUGCCGGGUCUAGCAGGGCAGGCAUCCGCGCCUACGAACUAUACUAA